GCUUUACCAGAACAUGGGAGUUUCCUAAGAAGUGAGCAGCACCAGGAGCCAUGGCCUGGGGUGUACAGCACAGACGGGCCUCCUGGUUUAGACCCAUUGAAGGGGAGCGCAAGUGAUCUCUCAGAACAGCAGUACAGCGGCGGUCCCACAUCUCAGGAUUACCCAUCAUCCUACAGCAGCCAACACCUGCUGCCUAAACCAUCCUAUCUUCCGUCGCCAGCCUUUGCCUUGCCGUCUGCAUACCUGCCACCUGCACCAGGCUACGCUUAUCCCCAGCAAUGCGGUCUGAGUGCUAGUUACCCUCACAGCACCCCUUCUCUGCUGCCCUCGGGUCUACACACCCCCACACCUCUUCACAGCAGCCACGCUGCUGCCGAACUCUCACGCAACAGGAAGUUUGGCUUCGACCAGUCCAAAACUGCCCGAGUGUCACCAUACUCAAUCAGGGACAAGACCGAACGGCAGAACAGCGACAGUGGUGGGAAUGUCAAUGAAAGUUGUGGGACGGACCUCCAGAGCUACAGGCCCGAUAGACUUUCCACUCAGUCCGAUCUUGAGGCAGAUUCUGUGGGUAAGACCAGUAAUCUUCAGCCUCUGGAGACACGGCCUUAUGGAGGCCCAGGACAGUACACAUAUCCCUGAGUCUACUUAAUGUAGUCCAACGAUCCUUUUUUAUACAUGUUUAUAGCAAUACUUGAACCUAAUAAACAUCAGGGCAAAUAUAAUUAUGGUAUAAAACCAUUUACGGACUAAGAUAGAUGUCUCUCUUAUGCACAAUAGCAUUAAUUCUGACUGCAGCUUUAAUGAGACCUGUAGCGCAGACACCCUUUUGUAUCCCUGAAAUCACUCUUUCUUUUUUUAUUGUCUUCCUUUCCUCUUUUACUCUCUCUCUCUAUAAUUAUGUUGUGCAGUGAAGCACAUUAUGGUGGCAAGUACUAAUCCACUGCUUCAAUCAAUAAAA